AUGUCAACAAUGCCGACGACGAUGAUAGUAGCCUCCUCGGCCGUCCUCUGCCUUGCCAUCGUGUACCGACUGUGGCGAGAAGUGGUGAGGGACCUCGCCGUCCUACUCUGGAAAGCCUCCGACGACCUCCAAAACCUGUGCAACGAAGUCAUGAAGAAGCACGGCGGGACCUACGUGUUCAAGGGCCCCAAAUUCUGCAACUUCGACUUCGUCACCACGUGCGACCACAGGAACGCCCGCCACAUCUUCAGCACCAACUUCCGCAACUACGAGCGAGGCCAGGACUUCAACUACAUGUUCGAGGUCCUCGGGGACGGCAUCUUCAACGUCGACGGGGAGCUUUGGAAGUACCAGAGGCAGCUCCUGCAGUCCCUCAUCGGCAGCAACAACGAGGAGUUCGAGCGCCACAUGAUGGAGACGCUGCGUGACAAGACCGAGACGGCUUUGUUCCCUGCCCUGGACGACGCUGCGUCGUCGUCCAGGCUGCAGGGACGAAGCGAGGUUGUUGACGUGCAGGACGUGGGGAAGAGGUUCUUGUUCGACGCCAUUUGUUUGUUGGUGUUAGGGUUUGAUCCAGAGGAAAUGAGCUCGUCGGCGUCGUGGGCAGUGAAAGCAUGCGACGAGAUCACGGAGGCAGUGGCCUUCCGGCACAUUGUGCCAGUGUGGAUGUUGAGGUUACAAAAUUGGUUUCAAGUAGGGACGGAGAAGAGGAUGAGAAGAAGCUGGAGAGCCAUGGAUCGGUUCCUGUACCGGUGCGUCAAGACAAGGAAGCAAGAACUAGCCUUAGCAAACAACGACAAGAGCAAAGGAAAAGAUUAUCACCAACCACGACCGAGAUUCGAUCUAUUGACUCAAUGCUUGAUGGUUGAAGAAGAUGGAGAAGGAGAAGGAGAAGCAGUAGUAGAGAAGCAAUCAGACAAGUUCCUGAGAGACACUGCACUCACACUGAUACUAGCCGGAAAGGAAACCAUAUCUUCUGGUCUCGUCUGGUUGCUCUGGCUGGUCGCCACCCACCCUCACGUCGAGAGAGCGAUUCUGGAUGAAAUCGAACAAUUUGUGGCGGUGAAUGGAAAAGCGGCCUUUUGGAGCAAGGGUGAGUUGACCACCAACAAAAUGGUGUACCUCCAUGCAGCAAUCUGCGAGACGUUGAGGUUGUACCCACCGGUGCCAUUCCAGCACAGAUGCGCCAUGGGAGAGGAUUUGUUACCUAGCGGCCAUCGGGUUCGAAAGGGAGCGAGGAUGAUAUUCUCCAUAUGCUCCAUGGCCAGGAUGCCACAGAUAUGGGGCGAGGACUGUGCGGAGUUCAAACCGGAGAGGUGGAUCGAUCGUGGAACUGGAACCAUACUGCCAGUGCCAUCCCACAAGUUCAUGACGUUUAUGACCGGACCGAGGACUUGUUUGGGGAGGGCCAUGUCCUUCCUUCUACUCAAGUCGCUGGCUAGUGCUAUCCUGUGGAACUACAAGUUUGAGGUGGUUGAGGGCCAUCACGUGAAGCCAGCACUUUCGGUGGUUACGUCGAUGAAGCAUGGCUUGAAGAUGAGAGUUUCCAAGAGAAGAUAA